UGCGCCACUGUGCGGCACUGCGCGUCCGUCAACUCCGAUCGAUUGCCUGCGUCAGCUGCGUCCACGUCAGUGCCGUUCCAUCAUGAACCACGUAAGUAUGGAAGACAUCCUCAUCGAGGAGGUCCGCCAGCGGCCCUCAAUCUACGACAAAACGACCUUAGUGUACAAAAACAACCGCAUCCGCGACCAGGAAUGGAAAGAAGUGGCGAAAGCCGUCAACAUGAGCGACGUGGAAGCGGUCAAAAAACGGUGGCGUUCGCUGCGCGACUCCUUCAUCAAAAUCCAGCGCUCGCUCAAACUCAACCCCAAACAAACAAUCAAAUGGAUCUAUUACAACAGACUCAUGUUCCUCAUACCGCACAUUGAGUCUAAAGAACUUGUUAUAGACGGCAGCAAACACGAAGAAGAAGACGAAGCGGUUCAAGAGGUCGAAAACGGGAGCGAUUACCGGUACGUGCCGGAAGAUGCCGGAUUUUUCGACGCGUCAACGAGCUCAAAACAGGAAGUUUCGGCAAAACGGAAACGAAAUAUCGCCGACGAAGAUCCGUUAAUGACCGCCGAUCAGUUUUUUGAAAGUUGUGCCAAAAAACUGGGCGAUGCUGACGAACAAUUCUUACUAAGUUGUUUGCCGGCUUUAAAACGACUGCCACCCAAGGAAAAUGCCCUUGCCAGGAUGAGGAUACAGCAAGUGUUGUUCGAGAUUGAGUUCGGGACUUGCGACCAGAGCAGUAUUGUAAUUACCAAAGAAGAAGUUAUUGACUGAAUGUACAAAACGAUGCAAUAAACUAUUUUACUAAUUUAAGAGCAAUACAGUGGUUUUUGUUGUCUGACUAAGAACUAGCGUUAAGCAGGUUGAUGUAAGAGUAACUUGUUUGGAAAACCUGAAAUAAAAAGUAAAAAAACAAA